AUGCACGGGUGCUUUUACAAGGGAGUUUAGAGAGAGUGAAUUCGGAUCCCCUUUCUGAGGUUUACAAGGGGUAUAUAUACUAAGCUGGGGGGACAGGUCCACGCGCGCCCACGUGGGGGCACGUAGCUGACGUGGUGCGAGAUGACUGUCCCUGAGCCGCCUUGUCAUCUUGCGAAGGGGAUUUCCCUCCUUGUCACGUUCUGGCUUGGAAAUAUUCCUCCAGGAUCUCUGCAAUUCCAACCACUAAAGUCCAAGUCCUUUUGGACUCCUCCUGCCGACACUCCUCGACCUCUAAAAGUUGUACCGGAGAGGGAUGAACCGGUUGACGACGAACCGGCUCCCUAUGACCCUGACAGCGAGUUGUACGAGGGGUGGGUGAACCGGCUGGAUUUCGCCGGUUAUUUUCCUCUCCCUUCCAGCUACCCGCUUGACAUCUACCCCCGGGUCUCUAAGAUUGCCCAGAACAAAGCCCGUAGGAAUCUCCCGGAGGGGUAUGUCCUUGAAUACGACCCUAACUGGCGCAAUAUCAUCGAGCCUCACCGGGACGAUAGGGUGGGAUUCCAUAUCAUCUCCCUGGAGAGUGGCACCGUCUUCCCCCUUCGCCCCCUCCUGGUCGAGCUGUGUCAUUGCUUCAAGAUCCUCCCCAGGCAACUUACGCCCAAUGCCCACCGUUUUCUUAACGCUUUUGUAAAUAUCUGUUCCCAUCUCAAAAUCGACCCUUCUCUUCGCUUUUUCCUCUAUUUGUUUGAAGUCCUUCCCGGUAAGUCGGGUUGCGACGGCUAUGUCUAUUUCAAGGGCCGUAACGGUCGCCAAUUCAUUUCUGACCUUCCACAAAGCAACCGGAUGUGGAAGGAAAAAUUUGUCUUUAUAAAAUUCCCCACCGUUUCUCCCUUGGCCGGCAUAAAGUGGAGCGACCACCUCUUGAAACCGCAAUACACUGAGCCGGCUAACGCUCCAGACUUGGAAGAAAGUUUGGAGAAACUCUUACAAGGGGACCCGUUCACCGGGCAAAUGUUCCAUUACGGGGCCUGGAUUUGGAGGAUCUCACCGGGUGGCACGGGUACCCCCCGGGCUGAUGAAGCAGCGGGGCACGGGGUACCCGCCCCGGGCAACACUGCGGAAGCUGGGGGUUCCAGUCACCCAGAGAUGAACUUCAGAGCAUUCAACAUCCCCACCAAGAAGACCGGUGGCUCCUCCUCUGCUGCCCCAAGAACCGUACCGGUGCAACAGGAGCCAGUGGAGAUCAACUCUGAGGAGGAAACUCCUCCGACCGGUCAGGCCGGGAGGACCACAGUAAACCCUCCCCUAAACAAAGGGAAGGGGAAGGUCCGAACCAAGCACGCCGCCACUACCCACCCCUCGGCAAAGAGGAGGAGGGGAGAAAGUGUCCUGGCCACAGAGUCGCUAGAGGAGCUCUGGGUCAAGAUGGGGCGAAAGCUAAAAGAGAUGGGUGAGGUCGGGCCUGAAACCUUGGGGAAGCUUGCCGAGGACUCCCCUUCCCGGUCACUUCAGCUGGAGGAAAAGCUGAAGAGGCUUAAAGCCCACAACCGGGAGCUUCAAGACCUGACCGCCCGGCAACUUGACGAGAUGGCCAACCUCUCGGCGAUUGCCGGUAGGGCGAACGCGGAGGUCCUCCAGCUGAAGGAGGAGAACUCGCUGCUGAUGGGGGAGGUCUCCCACCUGAAGGAGGAGGCGUGGGUGAAGGAGCAAGAGCUGCCCGGUCGGGCCAGACAGUGGAUGGAGGAGAACCUGGUGGAGGCCGCCCGGGUGCUUACUUCCUCUGAGGAAAGGACAAUGGAGGGCUUCAAGUUGCUGUAUCGGGAGGAGCAAGGGAAAGAGAUGAUCACCCAGAUCGGCUCCUAUGGUUUCAUGUCGGGCCAAAAACGAGAUCGGGAGGCCACCCAUGCGAUCCUUGCCGACCGGGAUCCGGACUUCAAUGCCGAAUCAUACGGUCUGGCCCCCAUCCCGGACGAAGAGCCUGCGCCUCCCUUUCCUCUUGAGUAAUCUUCCCGGCUGCGACUGGUUGGAUUAUUUUGGCAAAACUUCAAACUCAUUUCCCCGGGAAUGCCCGGUGUAGUUGUAAAACACUUAACCAUUUUGUUCUACUUUAAUGCAAUGCUUAAUUUCCCUACCGGUUAAUCUUUCAUAUCUGCUUGCUUGUUGAUUGAUACUUUGAUCUUUGCCUCUUAGAACGCCACCAUAGGAUACCCGACCAGUAUAGUAAUCAAUCACCAUACUUCCU